AUGUCGAACGUACGAAUAUCGCUUGCUGUGAUAACUUCAAUUGUUAACUUGUUUGGAACCGCUCUUCUUUUUGCUAAUUCAAUCAAAAUAUCUGAUCGCUUGGAAUCAAGAAACGUCGGGAGAACAAACGAAACCAUUAUGCAACCAAUAAGUAAUCAAUCUCUGAACAUUGCAAUUGUGGUGGUUGUCACAGAUCUAAGUUUAGAGGAGAAGUAUCAUACUGCACUGGGUAUGCCCACUUCAAAACUAUCUGAUUAAAAAUUUAAUUACAAAAACAAUGAGAUGUUAUGCUAAAAUUCACAGUUAUCAGCUACUUUUUGUUGCGGAUGUAGACUACGAUUGUCAUCAUAAAGAUAAAUUCUUCCGUCGACAUUGUGUGGUUGCAAAGAUUCUUCCUCGUUUUGAUGCAGUCUUAUUUUUGGACGCUGAUACUGGAGUCGUUAAUCCCAGCCGGAAAAUUGAAGAGUUUCUGAAACCAGGAAUAGAUAUUACAUUUGUCAAUAGAUUUUGCAAUUGGGAAAUUGCGUCUGGCUUUUACCUCGCAAGGAAUACACCAUUUGCAAUUAAUUUAUUAAACAAUUUUGCUGACUAUGAGUCUAAGCUUCCAAACAGUUUUCACGGAACAGACAAUGGAGCAAUUCAUAUAUUCUUGGCUGAAAAAAUAUUUCCACAAGCUUCCAUAGAAAUCGGGAUUUGUAGAAGAGCGUACGAAAAAUCAACAAGUGUCGAAGAUCUCAUUUUGUAUGAAGCAUGUAUCAAGGCAUUGUUUGGAGUUGUAACAGAUUUUGGAAAAAUUCAAAUUUUAAGAAAAGGAACCGGUUGGGCAAGAGAUGGAUGGUUGACGUCAAUGGUCUGGCACCCGGAGACGGAUUUUAUGCUUCAUGGAUGGAAAACCAAUGCGUUGAUACCAACGCCAACUGAUCCAUUAGUAGCAAUUGAAAUGAGUAUGAGCCAAUGGUUCAACCCUUUGAAUGGAUCAAUUGAUUUAUCAAAAUGCAAUUCUCACAAUUCAACUUGGAAUUACGACGCACGUCUUCUUGGGAAUAACGAAGAAAUUCAGAAAAGUCUUCACAGAAUUCAGAAGGAGAAUUCAAUACUUCAAGUGAAAGCAUACUCCGAUUUUUCUAAAUUCAUCUCACUGUAACA